AUGACUGCAGGCUCAAGUCUCCCACAUCGGGACGUCAAGGCCUUGCCUAGUCGCCGCUUCGUGGGCCUGCUGGACGGCCCAGAUUUGGUUGGCGAGUUCGAGCGCGCGGAAGAAGGAUGCACCAGUCUCAGCCCCUGGCACCCGCGGCGGUGGAAGGACCGCCGCCUCUGCAGUCGGCGUCUUCGACGAUGCCAGCCGCUUCGGUCGGCGGCGCACAAGCCUUCCCGUUUCUCGUUGUACAGCAUCGAGAGGCUGCUCGCCGGAGCGGCGGCACACGCGGCCACCCCGCCGUCGUCCGUGGCCUCCUCCGUGCUGGACUUCAGCAUCUCCCAGCACCCGUCGGCUCGCAUAGAGGCUGCGGGCCAUUUCCCAGGAGCCUUGAACGGCCGCUCGAAGGGCACCACUGCAGCUUCCUCGGACAAGACCUCCACUCCUUCGCUCUCCUACAGUGGCGACAAGGGGCCGGCCUCUUUGCAUCACCACCAGCAGCAGCAGCAACAAGCGGCAGAAGACGGCGGACUGUCCGGCAAGCCUCGCAAGAUCCGCCGGAGCCGCACCACAUUCACCACCUUCCAGUUGCACCAGCUGGAGCGCGCCUUCGAGAAGACGCAGUACCCUGAUGUGUUCACCAGGGAGGAUCUGGCUCUGAGGCUGGACCUCAGCGAGGCCAGGGUCCAGGUCUGGUUCCAAAACAGGCGCGCCAAGUGGCGUAAGCGGGAAAAGGCCAUGGGCAGGGACAGCCCGCCACCGAUGGCGUCUUCGUCCUGCGGCGUCGCGUCCUCGAUGACGUCGGACCGCGGCUUGGGGCCCUUCCUGCAGGCAGCGUGCGGCGUCAGCGCCGCUCGAGCCGAGCUGUUUGCCGCGGGACCCUUCGGGGUCGCCGAGCCCUUUUGGGGAGCCCCUUCGGCCGCGCUGGUCGCACCCGCCUGGCCCAAGCUGUACGGGUACAUGCUGCCCGCCCUGCUGCCGGCCCCACCUUGUACUUCGACCUCUGUCCUGGACCUCGGGUCCAAGAAGAUGACGACGGCUCACGCGAGGCUGCAGGCGUCACCGCAGCCGGUGGCGGCGCCUCCCACGUCAUCGCCGGGCCUCGACCUCCUCAGAGUCAAGGCGCGCGAGCACGCCGCCAGGAAGGCGGGCUCUGGGCCGCCCAAGUCCGCCUCGCCCGUUGCAGAUCGGACCGAGCCAUCUUGACUGAGCCUCCCAGUGCACACGCCUAGUAGCGGAAUCCGUCGCUUCAUACUGUCUCCGUGUCCUCCGAGGCUGAUGUGACGUCUCAGUGCAUGCACAGCGUGUGCAUCACAGUGUGAGCGUCGGCCAGUGGACUCGAGAUUAGCUUCGAAAGUUUAAGAAACCUUGUGCUUUUACGGCAACACUACGGGGCUCGAGAGUCGCAAGAAAAUACUACUGCGUUCGACUGUCUAUCUUCUUUUUUUUUUUUUGACAGUGGAGCUGCUCUAGGGCUGGGCCUGACGACAGACGAGUGUCCGCGUCGCGUGUCACACUCCGGUUCCAAGAUGCACCGA